AUGGCUGGUGGCGCGGCGCUGAACGUCUUUCGUACAAGCACUGCAGGCUUGCCAAAAGAAGCUCUCAACCGAAAGCUAUGGCUGUCGGUGCUUGUCUUCGGUCUCAUGGGCGCAGCGCGUGGCGUUGACGAAGGUCUGAUCACUGGCGUGUUCAAUUCAGAUGCUUUCAAGCGUCAGGUUGGCAUCGAGGACUUGAACGACGCUGAGCUGGCGGAUGUGAAAGGCAAUGUCUCGUCCAUGGUGCAGCUCGGGAGUAUCCCUGGGGCUCUGCUGGCCUUCUUUGCCUGCGACUAUCUCGGCAGAGUGUGGGCUACCCGUCAGCUGUGCGUUCUGUGGAUUGUCGGCAUUGCAAUUUUCAUGGGAAACAAUGGCAACAUGGCUUUGGUCUACUUUGGUCGCUUCCUCGCUGGUAUCGGCAUCGGCGAGACUGUCGUCGUCGGUCCGGUCUACUUGUCGGAAAUCGCACCAGCUCAAAUUCGCGGACUUUGCACAUGCGCCUUCACGGGCUCUGUCUACUUGGGAAUUCUCAUUGCUUACUUCGCCAACUACGGCACAGAGCUCCAUCUGAACGACACUAAAGCUAGAUGGCUCCUUCCGACUUCUGUCCAUCUGAUGUUUGCAAGCAUUAUCUUAAUUGCAACGCUGUUUGCGCUUGAGUCUCCCCGCCAUCUCAUCGCCAAAGGCAAGCGGCAUCAAGCGCUCGAAACACUCGCGAAGCUUUGCGGACUACCACCCACCGAUCCUUUUGUCAUCGAUGAGCUCGCGGGCAUCGAGAUAUCUUUCCACGAGGAGAAGGAAGCCACAGCUGGAGCGGGUAAGCUGGGAAUCCUGCGUGAAAUCUUCUUGAUCCGCCGCAAUUCGUACCGCCUCUUUUUGACCAACCUCGCUCAACUCAUGGCCUGUUGGUCCGGCGGGUCCGCCAUUACGGUCUACGCACCCGACCUUUUCGCCAUUGUCGGGGUCGUUGGCCAGGAGCAGUCACUGUUAUCAACCGCCAUCUUCGGAGUCGUCAAGUUCGUUUCUUCUGUUAUCUGUGCGUUGUUCCUCAUCGACGGCCUUGGACGAAAACGAGCUCUGAUCAUCGGGAUCACCCUCCAAACGAUAGCAAUGUUUUACAUCGCCAUCUUCCUGAACGUGGUACCGAUUGCAAACAACCCCGACUUCGAGGCAUCUGCUUCACAGAACAAAGCGAGUACCGGGGCUAUUACCAUGAUUUACAUUUCUGGAGUUGGCUGGGCACUCGGCUGGAACAGCGGACAGUACUUGCUCUCCUCGGAGCUGUUCCCACUGAGAAUUCGCGCCAUCUGCUCAUCGAUCACCAUGGCAAUGCAUUUCAUCGGACAGUAUACGGUGAACAAGGCGCUCCCUAGUAUGCUUCUCGAGAACGCUCUGAAGCCUCAAGGGACCUUCUACUUUUACGGAAUCAUCUCUAUCAUCGGCGCUGUCUGGGUUUGGCUUUGUGUGCCGGAGGCUGCUGGCCGGAGCUUGGAAAGUAUCGACAGGCUGUUCGAUCUGCCUUGGUAUAAGAUCGGGCUUCACGGGAGGCGCUUCGCAGAAGACUACGACCGCGAGCACUUCGAGGAGCAUGCGAUGGCCAAGGAGAAGCAAGGUGCGGAGAUCACUCAUGAGGAGACUCAUCCAGAGAAGGCAUAG